GAACGAAAGAAGGGAGGAAAGACGGAACUAAGAAAGAAGGAAGUAGGAAACAGAAAAAUUAGACAGAUUAACUGAGCUUGUACUGACAGUGAAGAAGGACACACAAGAUAUUAAGAAAGAAAACGAAUCCAUAAAUAAGGAAAUAAGAGAACUAAAAGAAGAAUAGAAAAGAAAGCAAGAAGCAUGGGAGCGAGAAAAAGAAGAAAUACAGAAGAGAAUUAAAAAUCUAGAAACCAAAAGAGAUAAGGAGGCAAGAGAAAAAAGGGGGAAACGAAACAAUAUCACACUGAAAGGAGAAGAACUACCAAGAGGCGAAACACUGAAAGAUACGGCAGUAAAGGUAAUAUCAGAAAAUUUGCAGGUGGAGGUGGAAAUAGAGGAUGCUUUCUGGACGAGAAAGGGAGAGAGAGGGAGUAUUUUGAUAGCAAAGUUAAAAAACUGGCAACAGAAAAAGGAGAUAAUGAUAAAAAAGGGCAAACUGAAAGGUAAGAAAAUAUACAUUGAUAAUGAUUUAACAAAAAACGAAAGAGAAACUCAGAAGGCAAUCUUAGGAAUUGCGAAAGUGGAGAGAGAGCAGGGAGCACACGUGCAAAUAGGAUACAGAAAGGUAAGGAUAAAUGACAGGAUUUUCAAAUGGAAAGAGGGAGUAGGACUUGAAGAGGCAAAAUUUUGGAGCCGACAAAGUCCGGUGACUCUCUAA